AUGAGUCACGUCUCCCGUCUUUACAAAGGCUCCAAGCCAAAAUUUAGUGCCUCCGACCCUCGAGGUUCAGCCUUAUCACCCGGAAAGCACCUUCCCCAUGCCUUCCACGGCUCGCCAUGGAGAGACAACACCAUCUUGUCAGAUAAACUAGACUUCUGCCCCAUACCCACAGAAGAAGCUCUCAAGCUAUGGGAUUACUUCAUGGAGCGAGUGGAACCUAUUGUCAAGAUCAGCUUCAGCUGGACUCUUACGCAUCUCAGGGCCGCUUUGUCGGAUGCUGAGAAGUGGAGAAGGCUUAAUAACGGUGACCAUGUGCUGAUAUUGUCAACUUGUUUGUUUGGCGCUGCGAGCCUGACGAACCAAGAGUGUUUGGCUCUGUUUGGUCGCACGAAAGCGUCUUUGACGAAUGAAUGUCGCGUUCAAUGUGACAUGGCGUUCUCAAGGAUAAGCCUACUUGCUAUUGACAGCAUCUCGGCCUUGAAAGCUAUGUGCUUGUACAUCAAAGCAAACGUCGACGUAUUGACAUCCCGCAGUAUGUGGACACUGAUGGGUCUCAUCUCACGAAGCGCAGAACAACUCGGCAUGCACCGUGACGGCACAGUAUUAGGUCUUUCAUCGAUCGAAACAGAAGAGCGUCGCCGACUUUGGUGGCAACUUCAACAUCUUGAUCUCAUCCUUUCGUUGAAGAAUAAUGUUACACCACUGUCAUUUGGAGCAGGCUGGGAUGUCAGACUUCCCCUCAACAUCGAAGACAGUGAUCUUAAUCCAAGUUCGAGAACACCGCCGAAAGACCGACUUGGUUUGACGAGUUUCUCAUAUACGCUUUUUACAUACUGGAUCAUGGAGAAACAACGCGGUUUUCGACUGACACAAGCCAGCCAGGCUAUGGCGGGAGAUAAAUCUCUUCUUGGCUGUUUGGCAGACUCCAUGAUAGAUGACCUUGAGACUGGUCUCAACGAGAACUUUUUGCAGUAUUGCGAUCCCAUUAACCCAUUGCAUACAAUCUUGCAGAUCACAGCGCGGGCAGUUGUAAAUGUUCUACGGCUGAGAAAACUCCAUGAAGCUCGUAUGAGAUCUCAGAACAGUGAUGAUCGAUGCCAUAUUGAGCACUUCAAUGCGUGCAUGCAGGGUAUGCGGUAUAUCGUUUUGUCUCACUCGAAUCUUCAGCUGAAGCCAUUUAUCUGGCUCGUCGAGAGCUCAUUUCUCUGGUACGCUUUUAUUGGAAUCUUGGUAGACAUGUCGAACUUGACAGAUGUCAAUCUGAUAAGAUCAGCUUGGACGUUACUCUCGCAGCUUUACGCCGUUGCAGACCAUUUAUCCGACCUUCAAGACGACAGGAGGAAGUCUCAUGCUGCGAGAUCAGUCGUGGCAACGUGGUAUGAAUGCCGGCAGAAACCAGGUUUGGCUGCGAUGGAGAAGCCAGCCUUUGUGUCACAGUUGGAGAAGGACCUGGCUGGGUUGGAGAGCAAUACUGACACAGACAAACAAAGCCAAGUCAUUGUCUCGCAAGAGCUUUGGCAGGCUCGACCUAUAGAGACUGAACUGCAGCCGUUUGGGUUCGAGUUUGCAGAUAUUGAUUGGGCGUUCUGGGACAGCAUUAGUUAGACAUAUUCUCGCAAGAUACCUUAAGCUCAAGUAAAUAUGCCAG